CAAGAUAACUGCCGUGCGUAUGCUUUUCGUACCUUUUAUUGGGAGGAGAAACUGCUGCCGGGACUACCAAACAUCGCUGAUUCUCAUGGAGCAGUUUCUGCCUCUUGUAUCGUAGCCUGUAUCGGUGACGGAGAGCGAGGAAGGGAUGUUUUAUGCUGGAACAUGAAUCUAUUGCGGGAAUCUGUCUCAACACGAGCUCAGCACUGAAGAACUUUCCUGUCAUCGUUUGGGAUUAUUUCUAUACAUUUUUCGUAGUGUAAGUUCAUCUGAGAUGAGUAACAUCUACGAGUCCGCGGCCACCACGCUGGGCCUCUUCAACAGCCCCUGCCUGACCAAAGUGGAGCUCCGUGUGGCCUGUAAAGGCAUCUCAGACAGGGACGCAUUGUCCAAGCCAGACCCCUGUGUAGUCCUUAAAAUGCAAUCCCACGGACAGUGGUUCGAGGUGGACCGCUCAGAGGUGAUUCGCAGCAGCAUCAGCCCGGUCUUCUCUAAGGUCUUCACUGUGGACUACUACUUCGAGGAGGUACAGCGUCUGCGCUUCGAGCUACACGAUAUCAGCAACAACCACAAUGGUCUCAAGGAGGCCGACUUUCUGGGGGCCAUGGAGUGUACGCUGGGACAGAUUGUGUCUCAGAGAAAACUCUCCAAAGCUUUACUGAAGCACGGAAACACGGCAGGCAAGUCUUCCAUAACGGUCACAGCAGAAGAACUGUCAGGGAAUGAUGACUAUGUGGAGCUUGCUUUUAGCGCCAAGAAGCUGGAUGACAAGGAUUUUUUUAGCAAAUCAGACCCAUUUCUUGAAAUCUUCCGGGUUAACGACGAUGGCACUUUAUCUCUGGUCCACAGAACUGAGACCAUCAUGAACAAUCUAAACCCUGUAUGGAAAUCAUUUAAAGUUUCCCUAAACACUCUCUGUAGUGGUGAUCAGGAGCGAGAGCUAAAGAGUAUUGUCUGGGACUGGGACUCAAAUGGAAAGCAUGACUUCAUUGGAGAAUUUCAGACUACUUUCAAAGAGAUGAAGUUAGCAAUGGAAGGAAAACAGAUGCAAUGGGAGUGCAUCAACCCCAAGUAUCAAGUGAAGAAGAAAAACUAUCGAAACUCUGGGGUGGUGAUGCUGACCCAGUGUAAGAUCAUAAAGAUGCACUCGUUUCUGGAUUAUAUAAUGGGUGGCUGUCAAAUCCAGUUUACAGUGGCAAUUGAUUUCACUGCCUCAAACGGGGAUCCACGCAACAGCUGUUCCCUACACUACAUCCACCCAUACCAGCCCAACGAGUACCUGAAAGCCCUCGUCGCUGUGGGCGAGAUCUGCCAAGAUUAUGACAGUGAUAAAAUGUUUCCGGCCUUUGGGUUUGGAGCACAGAUCCCCCCUGACUUCAAAGUCUCUCAUGAUUUCGCUGUGAACUUUGAUGAGGACAACCCAGAGUGUGCUGGGAUUCAAGGUGUUGUGGAGGCCUACCAGAACUGUCUUCCUAAGAUCCAGCUCUAUGGCCCCACAAACAUCGCGCCAAUCAUCCAGAAGGUAGCUAAUGCCGCCUCUGAGGAGAUGCACACCAAGGAAGCCAUGGAGUACUUCAUUCUGCUGAUCCUGACGGAUGGCGUGAUCACAGACAUGGCCGACACGCGUGAGGCCAUUGUCCACGCCUCCCACCUCCCCAUGUCUGUCAUAAUUGUUGGCGUAGGCAAUGCCGACUUCAGUGACAUGCAGAUGCUGGAUGGAGAUGACGGAAUUUUGCGAUCACCCAAAGGCGAACCAGUUCUUCGGGACAUUGUCCAGUUUGUGCCCUUUCACAACUUCAAGCAUGCCUCUCCUGCUGCGCUGGCCAAGAGUGUGCUGGCCGAGGUGCCCAAUCAGGUGGUGGAUUACUACAAUAGCAAAGGCAUCAAGCCCAAGUGCUUGUCAGACUUUGAGUCUACUAGAGCCUUCAGUCCCUGAGUUCCACACCAGUGCACCACGAUGGACAUGAGGAACGCACUGGUGGUUUCCUAUAGGUUGUAAAGAAUGUUAUUAAGUAUCUUAGUGUUUUAGGUUUUCCAGAUGUUUGAUAUUAUUAUUAUUAUUAUUAUACAUAGAUUCAUUUGAUACGUUUAUAAAACUUUUUUCUUUGCCUCAUCGCAACUAAAAGAUGAAGAAGACAUCUUGCUAUACUAACCAUAUAAACCAUAUUGAAAGCUUACUUACAAUGUACAGUGCCGAGCAAGUCUCGGACAUGUCUCUAGGUGAAUAAUUUGUCUUUAGAGAAUUGGCUGUUGAAGGGCUGUGUAGUUCAAAGAAGCAAAGAUAUAUUAUUUGAUGGGAACAAUGUUUUGUUGUUGCUUGUUUUGAACUGAAACUACUUGAUAAUUUAUUCAGUUUUUGUAUUAGUUCAGUUUGUUUUGCAUGUGCUGCCUGUAAGGCCUGAAAAUAUUACAGUAAAUAAAUUAUGUGUACACUAUGUAGAUCUCAAUACCACUUAUCCAUUAAUAUCUACAUCAAAGCAUGUUGAAAAGCUCUGUGCAUAGAUAUAGACUUUUUUUGUUCUUUUCUAAAGGUAUGUUUAACCUUUUUGCUAAAUUUCUUAGAACUUCUUAACCUGUAAGUUCUUUCAGAUAUUUGCAUUAGGUAGCUAUAUAUAACUGCAUUAGCCUCUCUUCUCUUCUCUUCUGUUUUGUAUGCAUAUGUAUAUGAAUAACAAUGUAUGUUUGUGCGUGAGUGUGUGUGCGUGUGUGCGUGCGUGCGUGCGUGUCUUUGAACAUGCGUGAGAUUGCACCCACUCAGUGCAGA